CUCCCAGGAUGAUGUAGCGCCAUGUUUUUGUUUCUCGUAGUAAUGUCCUUAUUCCGGCAGUUGUCCUGCGAAACCGAACCUGGCAAUGAUGACGCGCACAUCGAAUCUCUUCUGCAGAUGCUAUUUUACGAGUCUACGUUCUCUCCACCUCCCGCUGCCUCUACGACACAACGCAUACUCCCCUACUUCGAGACUACGACCACUGCUGCCAACCUUACCACACAACUCGGCAACUCCGUCACAUUCCAUUGCCGAGUCAACGAUCUUGUUGACGAAGCUUCGGUUUCGUGGCUACGAAGACGCGACGGGCAACUUCACCUCCUCUCAGUGGGAGUGGAGGUGUACAGCACCAAUGGCCGGUUCACAGCAGCCUUCGCCUCUCCCAAUGACUGGCAACUGCGCCUCACAACCGCCCAGGACCGGGACCAGGGCUUCUACGAGUGUCAGGUGUCCUCACAUCCCCCCAUAGUCUUUACUGUGUAUCUCCAGGUAGUCAUUCCAGAACUUGAAAUCGCAGACGAGAGGGGUCUGCCCAUCAGAAACAAGUUCUACAACGCUGGUAGCACCAUAGAACUCAAAUGUAUCAUCAGCAGGGUCUCAGAACCAAGCAAUCUGAUCACUUGGACCCAUAGGACUCGAGUUCUCAACUUUGACACAUCCAGAGGCGGAAUAAGUGUCAAGACCGAUGUGAUUGCUGGAGGAGCCAAGAGUCGUCUGUUUAUAGCCAACUCUCGCACAGUGGACUCUGGAAACUACACUUGCUCUCUCGCUGAGCUCGCCUCUGCUACAGUAACUGUACACGUCCUCAAUGGGGAGACACCAGCGGCAAUGCAGCAUGGCGGCAGCACCACCCCUCUCCCAUCAUUGUUUCUUUGUGUCCUCCUGUUGUUAUUGUCCACGAGAUAA